AUGUCGUUCGAACAAGAAGUUGCUGAUGCAUUACCUGAUGAUUUUGGCUUGUAUGGUUUAGCAAAAGCAUUUAAUAAUCCUUUGGAAGCUUUUAAACUAUUAGUCAGCAAUGGAAACGGAAAGAUAACAAAAGAAGAUUUACAGAAAUUAUUGGAACGAUUUGGUUUUAACGGUUUCGCUGCUAAAAUAACAGCCAAAUUACUUUUUAACACAUUGGACAAUAAAUUAAUUGUUUCCAUACGUAUUCAAGUACAGAAACUUAACUCUAUUGAUCAACGUAUCACACUCAAUCAUAAUCGUGAUUGGAAAAUUGUAAGUUGA